AUGGUUAGAGCAGGAGGAGCAGGGAAAGGAAUAAAAGGCGAGCCCUCCCGCUGGUCCUCGUCCCACUGCGACUGCUGCUGCAAGAACGGCAAGGGCGACAAGGAGGGCGAGAGCGGCACGUCCUGCAACGAGCUGUCCACGUCGAGCUGCGACAGCCAGUCCGAGGCCAGCUCCCCGCAGGAGACCGUCAUCUGCGGGCCCGUCACGCGCCAGCCCAACAUCCAGACCCUGGACCGGCCGGCCAAGAAGGGCCCGGUGCAGCUGCUGCAGCAGUCCGAGAUCCGCAGGAAGAGCGACCUGCUCCGGACUCUCACCUCCGGCUCCCGGGAGUCCAACUCCAGCAAGAAAAAAGCGGUGAAGGAGAAGCUCUCCAUUGAGGAAGAGCUGGAAAAAUGUAUCCAGGAUUUCCUCAAAAUCAAAAUCCCAGACAGGUUUCCCGAGAGGAAGCACCCCUGGCAAUCCGAACUGCUGCGGAAGUACCACCUGUAGGCUCCGGGCGGGCAGAGCACGCGAGCUCGUUACCUUA